AAAUGACUCCUCCCCCUAUUUAUACCUUUUUUAAUCACACGAGCCCGUUCUUUUAUUUUAUUUUAUUUUUUCAAUUGAACCAUUAGUAUAACCAAUGUCCAACACAGGACUUACAUCAUACCUAAUCUUUGUAGUCAUAUCCAUACUGCUGGGCGCUUUUCAGUAUGGUUAUCAUAAUGGCGAACUAAACACCCCUCAGCAAGUUAUUUCGAAAUGUAGCAACCCUUCGACUGUAGUUAUAGCAGGCUUACCUGUUUGUAUCCCCAUGGCGGAUUCGCAAUACGCACUUGUGGUGUCAAUAUUGACAGCAGGAGGAUUAAUAGGUGCGCUGAGUGCGUCUUAUUUCAAUGAUCGAUAUGGUAGAAGAUUGACCUUGUUUGGUACGAACGGAUUGUUAGCGAUUGGCUCCCUCAUCACAACAUUGGCAGCAACGCCACAUACCAUGAUGCUGGGUAGAUUUUUAUCUGGUUUAGGAAGUGGUGUUGUUACCGUGGUCGUACCUGCUUAUUUAGCUGAAUGUGUUCCUAAAUCCCAUCGUGGGUUCUUUGGUGCUUUAAAUCAGCUUGCGAUUGUGGUAGGUAUUAUGGCUGCUCAAGUCAUUAGUCUUUCAUGGUCUACACUCACAGGAUGGCGAUAUAUUCUAGGAGUUGGUGUUUUGUUGGCGGUUAUGCAAUCCUGUUUAUUACCAUUUUGUGUGGAUUCCCCGCGUUAUCUUGCUUCGUUGCCAGGAGGAUUUAAUCGGGCGCGUCAAUCCUUGCUUCGAUUAAGGGGUAGCUCUGUGGAUGAAGUGGAUGAAGAGAUUAAUGAAUGGCGUAGAGACUGGUCCAACCAGGUUGGAGAAGAAGAAACAACAGCCAUUGUAUCACAAACAACAAAUAUAAACAUUUGGAAAUUCCUGAUUUCUUCUCAGUAUCGACGUCCGUUAAUGAUUGUGUUACUCCUGCAGUUGGCACAACAAUUAUCAGGGAUUAAUGCUGUCAUCUUUUACUCAACCUCAAUUAUGGGAUCUGUGUUUCCCGAAUCCUCCGGUAAGAUCACCGUAUUUAUAUCUGUCGUCAAUCUGAUCAUGACAACGGUUUCUGCAAGCUUAAUGGAUAAAGUGGGACGACGUUCUUUAUUUCUGGUCUCGUCAUGCACUAUGGCUUUGAUGGGAAUGUUGUUAGGCUGGAGUAUUGAGAGCGGACAUAAUCAAAUGUCAGCCUUGGCCAUUCUUGGAUUUGUUGCAGCGUUUGCUAUUGGACUUGGGCCAAUUCCGUUUCUGAUGAUACCAGAGUUGGUGGAAACGCAAGCUGUAUCCAGUGCAUGUUCUGUAGGACUUGCAUCCAACAUGAUUUCUAAUUUUGCUGUGUCUGCCGGAUUCUUGGUUUUAAGAAACAUCAUGGGUCAAGGGCAAGUGUUUUACUUGUUUGGAGGCUGUUUGUUUGCACUGACGAUGGUGGCCAUUGUUAUUCUGCCUGAAACAAAGGGGAGAAGUCCAGAAGAUGUCAUUCGUUCUGGGUACUCACUUUAUCCCUGUAGUUAUGAGCCUAUUCGUGUAUAAGAUGCAAUUAAAGAAAAAAAAAAAGCCUAAAUAGACAAUUGACUUUUUUAGACGGUCCGAAUUUAACUCGGCUAAUUUAGCAAAUGGUGACCACAAAACUUUUUUUUUUUUUGUGUUGUGCCACACUAUUUCCUCCAUUACUCUUUAUGGAGUCCGGCUGCCGUUUGCCUUAUUAGGCUUCGUGCAUCGGCAUUUUUCAUAUAAAAGGAGCA